AUAAUAAUAAACUAAACCGAGUUCGAGUGAGCUCCGUCGUUGUCUUUUGUUAAUUCCGAAAAGCUAUUUACUUCCCAAACCCCUCACAUACAGUUCUGCAACGGGCAGAUUUGACGACAAGGAAAAGAAGCCAAUCAAAUUAUCUGCGAUUAUUCAUACAGGUCUAUCGGAGAAGCAUUGGCGCUAUGGGUUCCUCCUCAACUGAAGAUUUUCUAGCAUUGCAGGAGGUCAUGUUGGAGUUUCGUGCUGGUAAGAUGGUUCUGGAAGGAAAAAGGGUUGUCCCUGAUACUCGUAAAGGACUUUUUCGCAUAGGAAGGGGUGAGGAGGGGCUAGUCCAUUUUCAGUGGCUUGACUGCACCCAGAAUGUUGUUGAAGAUGAUCAUAUUAUUUUUCCUGAUGAGGCAGUUUUUGAGAAGGUUAACCAAGCAUCCGGGAGGGUUUACAUUUUAAAGUUCAACACAGACGACCGUAAGUUCUUCUUUUGGAUGCAGGAACCUAAAGCUGAAGAUGACUCUCAGUUAUGUAACUCUGUCAACUAUUACAUCAAUCGACCUCUAGAGUUUCUUGUUGAAGAAGAACCUGAGGUUUCUGCUCCUUUACAAGUUUCUGAAGACAUGGUUGAAGAGGAUAUCUCAUCAAGAGCUGGGAACUUGGUUGUCCCGAACGUGGGUACAGAUUUGAUGAGUGAUGUCACCUCAUCUGGACCUGUAAAAUUAGAAGACCUUCAAAGAAUUUUGAGCAGCAUUGGGUCAGCAGAUGAUGCUGUAGACCCAGAUGCAGGCUUGGGAUUAGGAGAUAUAUUAAAACCUGAUCUGAUAAUGCCGUUGAUUGACACGUGGCCAUUAGAUGAGCGAUUAGCAUCGUACCUACCUGAGGGUCAAUGGAUGCCAGAGGAUAUAUCAGAGUUGCUGCAGAGCCCCCCUUUCCGUCAGCAAGUAGAUUCUUUUACUUAUGUACUUCGAACAGGACAGAUAGAUUUGUCUCAGUUUGGGAUUGACCCUAGUAAAUACAAGUUUACUGUUUUGUCAUUUCUCGAGGCACUUGAAGCUUCAGUUUCUACAAUGUCAGCAUCUGAGGCAUUUCGGCGUGAGGAUUUAAGAUCCCAAUCCAGUAAUCAGAAUGAUCCCAUGGACGAGAGCAAGUAGUACAUGCUAUUCCUUGUUUCUCUUUCUCCAUUCAAUUAUAGGAGAUAGGAACUUUUACCUGGUACUUUGUUUUUCUUACACAUUUGUUGGGGUGAAAGAUGAAAGAAGGGAUGAAAACACAAAAAUGGGGUUACUCAAAAUUGUAUACGAGACAUAAAUUGUUCGUAUUUUAUUUUAUGUGGAUUAUGUAAGACAGUAAAAUGAGACUCCAGUUGGUGGCUGUGCUAGAUAUUUGAAGAAUUGGUUUGAUUUUCUAUAAUGUCGAUUCAGUGGUGGACAGUUUUUCGGGUUGUCCCUGAAAAUUAGCUGUGUUUACAUGCACAUUA